UUUCGGACAAUUUGUCCAGAUUUACAUGGAAACGCUCGACGGAAGACCUAUGCACAUUUGUGAAGUAACAGUUGAAGGAUACCAAGCAAUAUGCAUUGAUGAAAAAACAACUUCAACAGCAAUAGCGACACGAACGACAGCAUCAGCUUUGCUGUCAACAACGCCACCUACAACACAAAAGACAACAUCGGCGGUAGCAAUAACAACUCAAACUAAAACUACGACGACUGAGACAGAGGCAAGGCCACAGACAACAUCAACAAUACCAACAACGAGUUCUGAAACAAAAACAGAUGCGACAAUAUGGAACAGAACAACCACAUUAUGGAAAAAUAUAUCACUAAUGCCCAGACCAGCAACAUCGAAAACUGAAGAAAUAACUUCAGCAGUAUCUGCAACCUUAACAGCGUUGUCCUUGCUGGGCAGUAACACGACCACAGCGACCAAUACCUGUCCAUGUUACUGCGGCGUCUCACCAAACACUACGAACUUGACACAUGAAGCAUUGGAGGAAUUGAUAAAAGGAUUGACAAAGGAACUGACAGUUAACAAGAAAGAAACCAGUAUUUCCAAGAGGAAACUCAUCAGUGCGGGGGACGAUAGAGAAUCUGCAGCAACGAUCGGAUGCAUAGGUGUUCUUGCUCUGUGUGUUCCAGUAUUAGUGAUUGUCUCGUCCGACUUGAUCAACUUAUGGUCAGCUAAACAGAAACAGAAAAGAGUUAAAAAAUGAAAAUAUAUACAAAUGUGGGAACAAUAAACAA